AUGGAGACACAGCUGGAUCACAGGAUGGCAGCCCCAGGGCAGCCUCCCGGAGGAAAGCACCUUAAGUGUCCACAGAGGAAGCGAACUGUAUUCACCGAGAAACAACUGACAGAUCUGAAGCUCCUGUUCAAGGAGAACCCAUACCCCAGCCUUAACGUCCAGAGAGAAAUGGCCUCCAAAAUGGAGAUACACCCCACAGUACUGCAGGUGUGGUUCAAGAACUACAGAGCCCGAGUGAAGAAAGCCAGAAGCGGGCACCGUCGGCCGACUCAGCCAGAAGCAGCUGAAGCGCCGCGACUCGAGGGGGGUCUCGGGGCCCCCCCUCCUGGGAGCAGCGUGCAAACACCUCCCAGGCAGCCCCGGGGUGCUGGCCCCACCUCCCUAGUCUACACCCACCUCCUGGGGCCUUCAUUCCAGCUCCGCCUAUGCCCCCCUCAGAAGAGCCACACGGACCACGCCACCGGCCACAGAGUGGUCCACUUCGGCUGCUGCCAGGACCCCAACAUUUACUGCCUUGCUCCCAUUUUGGAUCCCCAAGAGCCCCUCACCAGCUCCCCGGCUUACUCUCUGGGCUCUCUGUCACCGCCCUGA